GUCCUUUCCGUCAAUCUUCGAUAUAUGAUCCAUAAUCGUAGAGGUGUUCCGAUUUACACAAAUUCGCAAUUUGUUAUUUAUGAAAGCUGCAUGUUGAUGUAACAAGAUCAGCAUCAUGGAAACAUACCUCACUUUGCUCUAUGUUACACUGGAGCAAGAACUGGCUCUGAAAGAAUACUUCCUAUCCAAAGGCUGGACUUAUUCUAAACCAGAUCUAAAUGUCAUGACAGAUAAAGUUGGUCCAUUCAAUAAUCCACAAGCUGUAAGAACAAAAUCUGGUAAAAUUAUUACGUACAAUGAUGUGUCUGUAAAUGAUGCCAAUGACAGACCAACAAAAGCCUGUAGCAAAAUUAUGACAGAGAAUAGAAAAGGUAGAAAAUGUGCUGUACCGGCAGCUGUUUCAGACACGAUUAAAGUGGAAGUUUCUUCUGAACGACGUGAGUUUCCUGGUCAACUAGAUGGUUAUGAAGGUGAUGAAGCUGAAGAAUCACUGGAGAAUGAUGACGGUGACAAUGAUGAUGACUAUGCAGAUGAUCUAAAUAAUAAGAUAAGAGAAGGGGAGGAAAAUAUAUCUGGCGAUAAUUUGUCACCAAAGAGACACGGAAGGCCCGUAAGACAAUCUCAGAAAGUAAAAGGUUCGAAUCUUGGUUCUCCAGCAGACACUGACCCAGCUGAACAGGAAAUGACUCCAACUGGUAGGAAAAGAAGGAGAGUUGCAGCUAAGGCAGUAGAGACUAUUCAAAAUGUGAUGUCAGAGGAAAAAGAAAAGACUGAUGUGAAACCAACACUGAAUGUAAACACAAGACCAUGUAGGGUGCCAGAGAAGAAACCACCGCCUGGAGUUAAACGUAAAUGUUCGUUGUGUCCAAAAGAGUUCAUAUAUCAGUAUACACUAAACAACCAUUACAAACUUUGUCACGAUCCGCAUAAUCCGCCGAAACCUAAACCGAGGAAGAAACAUCUGGCACAGCAGUGCGACAUCUGUGGUAAAGUUUUCAGCCGUUCAGACACUCUACUUGAUCAUAAGAAGCAAAUACACAUGGGUUUAACAAAGAAAAGAACUGUUCAAAUAAGUACAUGUGACCAAUGUGGAGCUUCGUACAAAAGAGCAGCUCAUCUGAAGGAACAUAUUUUAGUCAAGCACUCGGACUCACAGUUACCACAUCCGUGCAAAUUAUGUGACAAAAGUUUCAUCAGAUCUAGAUUUCUCCAUAAUCAUAUGAAUAGGGAUCACUUGAAAAUUAAACCUUACAAAUGUGAUUUCUGUAGCAAAAUGUUCUUCAGCCAAUUUUCAGCGGAAAAACACAUGAAGUCGAAGAUUUGUCAGUCGGACAGAAUCAAAAGAUUCAAAUGUUUACAGUGUGACUUGAGAUAUCAAACUGCCAGUAAUUUAGAAAUGCACAUGACUGCAAAACAUUUUGGUGGGGCUUACAGUUGUGUAUGCGGGGAAGUUGUUCAGUGGUCAGGUAGCGUGGCCAAACACAAGAGGCAUUGCAAAGCCUAUCAGGCAUAUGUAGAAUCAACAGGAGACGUUGUGGAUAAAGUGUGUAAUAUAAUUGAAGUGAAGUUUGAAGAUGUAUUGAUAGGAAAUGACGAUGGACAUGGUACUGUAUCAUCUAAUGAUUCAUCAAAGGAUAAAUCUGAAACAUGAGAUGCAUUGCUAGAAAAGUGACAUUUUUAAUUUAUAAUAAUGCAUAUUUGUUCACUUUUGAGUUGAAUUAGUUAAAUAUUUCAGAAGAUUGACCGUUAAAAUGGUAAUUGACAAAAAGUUGAUAGAUAAAAUAUAAAAAGUACCUGAAUUAUAAAAAGACUGCCCUACUCUUUUUUGUAUUUUACGGAUUCAUUUCAAAUGAUAUUUAUAGAAAUUUCCAUGGGUCACAUGGAUUAUAAAUUACUUUUCCUUGGUAAAAUAUAAAAUUGAACACAAUCUUACCUUUGCACUAAACAUUGAGCCUUGGGUGGGCAUAAUUUCACUUUAAUUAAGUAGGAAAUAAAUAAAGAAGCAUCAGUCAUCUGGCAGCUGAGGUUUAGUUUUGUCAACUACAUGUAAGGACUGGUUAUGUCUAGUAAUGCUGGUUAUGUCUAGUAAUGCAAACAACAGACUGCCAAUGUUAAGCUUUGUUAACUAAGAAGCAGCUUUGUCUAAAUUGUAAAAAAAAGAAUUGUUGAUGUUGAGUUUUGUUAAUUAUAGACCAGCUACAUGCAUUUGUAGUAACUGGAUAAAGAACUUAAGUUUUGUCAACUAAGAACAUACCAUGUCCACAAAUACAAACAAAGAACUGUUGAUGUUUAGUUUUGUUAACUAUAUAGAUCCGCUAUUUGUAGUAACCAGAAAAAGAACUGUGUCAACUAAGGUCUAGCCACAUGUAGUUAAAGCAAACAAAAAAAAGCUGUUGAUAAUUAAGUUUUGUUUACUAUUGAACAACUGUAUACGUAGAUAUGUUGAUGAUAAUUAAGUUUUGUUAACAAUGGACAGAUUAUGUCUAGUAACACAAACUAAGAACUGUUAAAGUGUUAAUGUUUUGUUGAACAGGCUAUUUGUAGUAAUGCAAAUUAAGAAUUGUAUUGUCUGUUCUACAUUAUUUACAUUAUGGUACAAGUAAUUUGAACUCAUUUCUUUUUAAUUAAGACAAGCUUAAAGGAACACCACUGAGGUUUUUUGACAUGACAGGAGUGGAAAUAAUUUUUCAAGAUUAAUGUUUCAUUUGAUGUAGAUUUAGACCAUAAGCUUGUAAGCUAAAUUUCAGAAUAUUCGCUCUCGCAGUUUUUCCAGAAUAAUUAUUCUAAUAGUGAAAAUGAUGUGAACGCUUUUCACUGAAAUCCGGUUUAGAAUAGCACAAAAAUAUGAUUUUUAGCUCGACUAUUCGCAGAAUAAUCGAGCUAAUGCAGUCACCCAUUUGUCAGCGUCGGCGUCCCUGUGGUUAAGUUUUUGAAUGUAAGCUAGUAUCUCCAUAACUACUGAAGGGAAUGGAUUGAAACUUCACACACUUGUUCUCUGUGAUUAUCUAAGAUAAUUGGCACAAGUCCCAUAACUCUGAUUUGCUUUUUUACAUAAUUAUGCCCCUUUUUUGACUUAGAAAUUCUUGGUUAAGUUUUUGCAUGUAAGCUGGUAUCUCCAUAACUACUGAAGGUAAUGGAUUGAAACUUCACACACUUGUUCUCUCUGAUUAUCUUAGAUGAUUGGCACAAGUCCCAUAACUCGGAUUUGCUUUUUAACAUAAUUAUGCCCCUUUUUCGACUUAGAAAUUUUUGGUUAAGUUUUUGCGUGUAAGCUGAUAUCUCCAUAACUACUGA